GUGUGUGUGUGUGUGUGUGUGUCAUUUUCUGACGUUGCUCUGAACUAAUAUCACAUCUAACCUGCGGCUCUACACCACCAGCUUCCUGUCGCCCAUCUGAUCUUCUCAAAACAUCAGAAACUAAUCAGGAAGUACAAAAAUAUAGAAUAAAUAUAAUAUAUAUGAGGUUAAUUUCUCAACCUAAACACCAGAAGUUAGCUGGGUAAGAAGCUAGGGAUGCACAAGCUGCAUGCUUGGGAAUGACAUUAUUGUCCUAUUUAUGCCUGUGUGAUAUUUUACAACCGUACAUUACAUCCACAUGUAUGUGCAGCAUCUGUGUGUGUGUGUGUGUGUGUGCGCAACUUUGCAUGCAUGCAAGUUUGAUGGGUUGGUUUCCAAACGCACAUCAAUAUACACUGAAAAUGUAAAUGCAUAUCUGUAUUAGGGAUGUAACGAUACACAGGUCCGUAACAAACCGGUUCGGUACGGGGCUUUCGAUUCUGCGCACACGUAUACCGAAUAUCGUUUUUACGCGAGGAACGUAGUCCUCAAGUUCGUUGAGUUUUGUUCAUCUCGAAACACAUACACGACAACGACAGGGGUAUUUAAAAAAAAAAGAUAUAAACUAGAGUUAGCGCAGCUUCAUUCCGUUUGCGAACACGCAUUUGUUUUUACCGAUGAGCCAAAAACCCUAUGCGCUAAUCCGGCGAUUAAAACGGUCCGUGUGGAAACAUAGCGAAAACUCCGUUUGGUGUCCUGAUGAUUUAUUUCCCUUUAAAACUCCAUAAUUACUUUAAAGCAUUUAAAAGAAUAUUUUGUCUUCAUUCGCUUUAUUGAGUAUAAAUAUACUAGUUAUAAACACGCAUUCGCUUAAAGUGUCCGUAUUUUUCCGUAUGAGCGUAAAUGUAAGAAUAACGUGGAUAUGACGAUUUUUUGGUUUAUUUUUUUAAGAUUCGUUCUGCGAUUGUCUCGCGUCCAAUUGAAAUCGGCUCCGUUUACAGUAAAGACGACAAUUUCGUUUUCCGUAGUCGUUGCCAUGACCCAUCUGGACGGUUCGAAUCGUAUACGGACGUGCACGUAGUGAAGAGUCCCAGUUGUGUGUUUUGAGUUUUUUUUUUCCAGGUUUCUGGGGUCCCGGAUCGGUCCGUCGAGGAAACGGAAGUCGAUGCGUGUUGUUGUUUUCGUGACACGAACGUUUUCCCGACAGAUAAUCAGAGUAGAAAUAAACAGGAUUGAAAAGUAAGCGAAGUGUUGGAGGGAGAAAAAAAAAGCAAGUUAGAAAACGGACGUCCAGAUUUGGAAUGCUGGUUUGUGUUUGAUUUGUUGUUGUUGUUGUUGUUGUUUUUUUUCCAUAGGCACAAUACGCGCCACCAAAAAUUCUGGGACGGGGCUUUGUGAACAUGGGUGGGGCAAAAACUUCAGCAUUCACAUUCCGGACCUUCAUAAAUCACCUAUGCGAUGCUGACAAACACCAUUUUGUGGAAAAACAGGAUGUGUCCGAUUCAUCGUUUGAUAUCAAGACGUUUGGAAUGUUCUAUCGGAAUACCGAAUUGUUCUGUCGCCGUAGCGUGUUCGCUUUUCCAGGCGACGGAAAGGGCGAAGACCAGGAGGGUUCUAAAGAAGCGAGUCAAAAACAGAAGAAGAGCAAAAAAGAGCCGGAGCAGGAUGUCGAGAGGGUCGAGCCUGCCGUUGCCGAGGGGGACGACGGCCGGCAGGCGGAGGCGGGCCAAUCCGAGGCCUCUGCCCCCGAACCCGCUGCGGCCCUCGGCUCUCCGGAAGCUUCUUCCUCGGCGAAGCAGCGGCGCUCCAUCAUUCGGGACCGCGGGCCUUUGUACGACGACCCCUCGCUGCCUCAGGGCUGGACGCGCAAACUCAAACAGCGCAAGUCCGGACGGUCGGCUGGCAAAUUCGACGUCUACCUGAUCAACCCAGAAGGGAAAGCCUUCCGUUCCAAAGUGGAGCUCAUGGCGUACUUCCAAAAGGUGGGUGACACCACCACAGACCCAAAUGACUUUGACUUUACGGUCACGGGGCGCGGGAGCCCGUCGCGCAGGGAGAAGAGACCGCCGAAAAAGCCCAAAGUGGCCAAGCCGACGGGCCGAGGGAGGGGCCGGCCGAAGGGCAGCGGUAAGGUACGGCAGGCCACGGAGGGCGUAGCGGUUAAACGAGUGGUCGAAAAGAGUCCGGGCAAACUCCUCGUCAAGAUGCCAUUUGUGGCCCCGAAAACAGAGGCGGGGUCGCCGUCCGGGCAUGUCCCUGUCAUCAAACAGCGGCCAGGGCGGAAAAGGAAAGCGGAAAAAGAGCAGGUGAGCGCGCCCAAGAAACGCGGCAGGAAGCCGGCGGCCGCUUCUCAGGCAGCGGCAGGAGGGACGGGUUCGAGCGUGGCGUAUGCUGCCGCGGCCAUGGCAAUGUCAGAAGCUAAGAAGAAGGCGCAAAAGGAGUUGGUGGCCAAGCCUGUGCAAGAGAAAGCCCUCCCCAUCAAGAAGCGCAAAACACGCGAGACGAUGGAGGAGGCGGAAGGGUCCACUGUGACCACACCCGAGGCACCGAGCAGCGUAGCAAAACGACCCACAAGUCAAACGCCGACCUCCGCUGGAGCGGAGUCGGAAAAGGGACAGAAGCAUCACAAGCACUCGGGCCGAAAGCAUAAGGAAGCAAUGGAUCCUGGGAAUGGCAGCAGCAGUGGGCCGAAGGUCCACAAAAAAAGAGAUCAGCGUGAGCAACAACUGAAACACCUCCACCAUCACCAUCAUCACCACCACCACCAACACCACCUGCCCCUGAUGGAGCCAUCCAUCUUCACCCCGCAGGCUCACCAGCUUUCCCUCGGCCACUCCAUGCACGGAGGACCCCCGGUGGAGAACGAGCCCCAGGACUUGAGCACUUCCAGGUCGAGACAGGAGCCGUUAGCCUGCAGGGAAGAAGCCCGGACCGACAGUCACACGGUUAGAGACACUUCAGGCAAGAUGGCAGCAACAGAGUUGCGAACCCAACAGCAGCAGCAGCAUGGCACUGUGACAGGGGAUGGAAAGGAACUGAGAGACAUUGUUCCUCCUUCCGCCGUUCCCAGGCCGAGUCGAGAAGAAACAGUCGAGUCCAGGACGCCUGUGAGCGAACGCGUGAGCUGAAGGACGUGACUGACAUUCGGACUAACUGACCAAUCAGCAGCAGCGGCUGUGUUCUAGCGCAGGAAUAGAGGCACUCACAGGGGGAGGAGUUUAAUUUUUUCUUUUUUUUUUUUUUUUUUUUUUUUUUAAACAAAAAUGUACAUGUACUUACAAAAGGCAGCUGUUGUGUCGAGUGUCGGAUGAGUGACUCGAAUGCGGCGCGACGAUCCGAUUUCCGGCGUCCCGCUUCUGAAAGGAUUCUUUUUUCGUUCGCCCGUUUUUUGUUUUUUUUUAAACCGUUAUACUAAUAUAGAAAUUGUAGGAACCACGUGUUAUUGCUUCGUUAGAGCUUCUAGGAAAUCGCAAGAUACUGAGAUAGUAACGGAUGCACAAGUCACCCGGAAGCUGAUUUACAGCGAUGCGUUCGCUGCCAAAACCAGACCAUCCUCCUUUUUUUUCUUUUAUUAUAAUAAGUAUUAGACGAAGGCAGUCUGGUUGACUGAAUGAAGUCAGUUCUCUCGAAAAGGCCACAUUUAAUGGGGGGGACGGGACUCCAGCGGUCGUACUCGUACCCCAUCAAUCACGUUUUAAACACGUCUGAUUAAAGGUUAAUCAAACCCUUAGCGACAGAUGACGAGGAUGGUUUUUAAAAGUUUUUUUUAAAGUUUUUUUUUGGAAUUUUAGGACCUUAAUCACGCGCCGCUAUGGCUGGUUACAUCCCGAACCCAAACCUGGACGUCUCUCCUCUCAUUUGAAACGGCGAGAGGUGGAGAGGAAUGUCUGAGCGCUGAGGAAUCUCGCCAUCUGUUUCAGCCGUGUCGGAUAGCAGACUCGCAGUGUAGGAGGGCAGUAGGGAAGGUUUUCUCUGUUACACUUUCUUUCUUUCUGUGUGUGUGUGUGUGUGUGUGUGUGUGUGUGUGUGUGUGUGUGUGUUUGUGUCCGGGUGGGGAGGGUUAUGCACAAACGGAUUUGUGAAUAAGCACGGUCCAAAUAAGUGCGUGAAACGAGAAUGAGGGGUAAAAAAAAAGAAACGAAAUUCCAAAGCAGUGCUUUCUAACAUGAUUUCUUCCUCUUAAUUACCCCCCCCGCCCAACCCCCCCGACUUAUCUUUCUAGCUUUUUUCUGUUUUUUUUUCCUCUUUCUUUACAAACAUAAAAAAUUGAAACCAGUGGCCUUGUGUUUCCUGAACACAUCACAGCCAUUUUUUUUUGGACUCCUUGUCAUGGCGAUGGAACGCAAAUAGGGAAGUGGACGUGAUGCGAAGAGACGACAUGCGCGCUAUAUUUACUAGACUUCCCCUCGUACGACAGCUGCGACAGCUCACACGAGACAUUUGCUUUUCUUUUUUUUCUUACAUGUUGACUCCGUUCAAAUCUUGAUGCAAAAAAAGAAAAAAAAAGACACAGACAAGAAACAUGAAGCACUUCGUUAAGGUCGCUCCCGGGAUGAAACAUCUGGAUUUUUACAGGGUGGCCAACUUGAAAACGGAGAGCCAAAGUAAAAAAUAAAUAAAUGAAAAAAAGUAAAAAAUAAAAAAAUAAAAAUCAGCAUGGCAAAAAUGUUUACGUUUUGAAUAUUCGCACAGUUUCGGUACGUAUCCUGGACCACUUCAGUUCUCCGGACAAACCCGUAGAGUGGAAGCCUUCAAGAGGGUUUUUAUAAUUGUGCUUGUACGAUAUUUCCAGAUAGCUGGGCCUCCACCCUCUGCAGCCCCACCCUAUUCGAUCCAUAUAUACUUUUCAAAGUCACGUGUGUUUGUUUCCGUGUCCGUUUUAUCUUCUAGACAGAAGCUCAGCGGUCGUGAGGUACAUCCUUCCUCAUUUUGUUCCUCUCGCCGACUUUUUGAUUCCACUCUGCCCCGGGUGAGCCGCGAGACACCGACACGAGGCACAAAAACAAACCACGUAACGCCGGAGUCGAAGCGUGGUGGUGGUUGCAACGAGACGCGAUCGAUGUACAGAAACGGUAUAGAGGCGUAUAGAGAUGAGGCCUGACCACAGGCUAAUCUCGUGGCUGUUGUAUUUAGAUGGAUACCAAUUAAUGGCCAAUGAUGUUCAAGUGGAGGCCGUUAUGAAGGGUCACGGACUGGCAUUUAUGGCAGUGGAAUCGAUUCAUUAGUGAUACAGACGUCCUGUAAAUGUGUAUAUUUUUUUUUCAUUAUGUAAGAAGCCUAAACCUCCUAGUGAUACUAUCCCUGCUGAUGAAAAGUCACUUUUUAUUUUAAUUUUUUAUAAAUACAGCAUAUAGCCAUGUUGUAGUGUAUCUAAUCCUAAAUGAGCAUACAUUUUUUUUUACCAUUUAUAAAUGGUAGGAAAAAAAACACCCGUCUGUAGUUGACUGCGUAGAUUCAAACAAUUAAAAUAUUUCGACUCAUAUUUUACUAUUAAGUGCCACCACUCCCUUUUUUUCCUCCAAAUGUCUAAAUAUAUAUAAAACAUUUUUAUAAAUAAAAGGUCAUUGCAGAGAAGAGCCGGCAUGAUGCUCGACGCUCCUCGUCCUUACGCCUCCUCUCUGCCUCGACCCUCGCCAGCGGGGAAGAGGACACGGAGAAACUAGAGCACUUGUGCUCUGGAGAAAAGGGCUAUGAAAUAAUCGAAAAAAGAAAAAAAAAGACAGCAGAACGAACGAUACGAAAGGCGUUCUCCUAGACGCUUUCGUAACACGGUUCCUUGCUCGAGGUCCGACCACUGAGGUCUUGAGCAUCUUCAGAUCCCACUAGCUUGCUCUGUUCCGGGAGAUCGCUCGUAUCUAGCAUGUCCGGUGCACCCGACCUGCCGGAACAGGGAUCUUAUCCAGCGGACUAUGACCUAAAUACGGCGGGUAGACGCUGUCAUCGUCCCUGGUCUGACUAAUCUGAGAGGGGAGGCGUGAGGACUGCGGCGUCGAGUAAACAAGCUUGGUGCGGAACACGUCCACGCGAGAGGGGGGAAAAAAGUAGAAAAAGCACGAAGCAAGGCCUGCCACAGAAUGGCCUUCGUUUCAAGGAUCGCUUCGUUUUAAGGAUUGGACCAAAUCGAUCCCUGAGGUGGGUUGAUUGGUCUCUUUUUUUUUUUUCACCCAAGCAGGAUCCCCAUCAAUCUUUGCUGUGCCAUUUAUUAUUUUGGUCAUUGUUUGUCCGUAGAGAAGACGCUUCCAUGUAACUUUUCCACUUACACCGUGAUUGAUGCUUUUUUGUAGCACUCAGUGCCCACUGUCAAAAAAAACAAACCCACACAAACCACAACGGGGAUCCUAUAACAACACGUGAUGUUACCUUAUUAUAUCGGUUUUGUGCCUCUGGAAGACAAAUAUGCUAUGGAAUGUCCUCGUGUCCCUGUAGCGCGAAAUCUACAUGCUAUGUACGUGAAACAUGUAACAAUAUGCAUGAUUGCCAUUAGAAUUAGUACAUUGCUUGCCCUUUACUAUACUUCGUAACGGCGUUCUUUCUUUUUUUUUUCUUUCUAUUUUUUUCCCUCAUUUUUUUGUUUUGUUUUUUUAUCUCUGGAAACACUCCUCUCCGAGAGCCAGCCAAAAAAAAAAAAAAAAGUCUGAGCGCAGGAUUUUCGAAUCCUGAACACAGCGAAAAUACAAGGUCACUUGUAUGUUUGUGCACUUCAGUAAAAAAUGGACAAAAAAAAAACUUUAAGUUGGACAAGAUGUUUUUUUUUUUUUUUCCUGGUUUUUUUUUUUUUUCUUUUUUUUCAAUUCCAGUUCUCAAAUCUGAGACGACGGUUACGCAUGGGCUCCCAAAGCUGUUCCUCCUCAACGCUUCCCAGAUGCCAUGGCAGACCUAUUCCGACUAAAUUAUUACUCGUGGAUUGUAGUGAUAUAUGUAUUUUAAAUUUACAUUUUUUUAAAUAAAAUGUUUUUUUUUUUUUUAAAGAAGCCAAUGUUAGGAGUAGACUAUUAAGAGCAAUAGUUAUAUUUAGCAAUUUCUCAACUUAUUUUUUCAUUUAAUUUUUUCCCCCACCAUUUCUCGUGUCUUUAGAUUGUGUACGAUGUUAUAUAUUUGAGGAAAGGAGAAAAAAAAAAAAACACACAUACACAACGACGACAACGUUAAAGCUGACUUAAGCUGACUUAUAAGGAAUGCCUGAAAUACAAAUACAAUUCUAGCACUUGAGAUACAUACAGGAAAAGGAGAAUGAAGGUUGAAUAAAAAAAUAUAUAUAAAAAAACAAAAAAAAAACACCACACGUUCAGCUUCGAGUCUUCAUCGGUAGAACAUUCAUGGUCUAUUUAACAUAGUCUUGUGCCUUGAAGUUUCAGUAAUAGAACUUUAUACGGUAGUUGUGUUUUUAUUCUGAGUCCUGUGUUUGCCUCUUGUUGGUAUCCAGUGCUUUGGCUGUGUUGAGGAUUUCUAGAGACGAUAUGAUAUGUUUGUCUUCUUUUUUGUUUCUUUUUUUUUUUUGUUUUUUUUUCUUUGUACAGGAAAAACCACAUUUGAAAUAAAUUAGGACAAAUGUUACCUGGGCAAUAUUGACUGUGUAGAAGGGUUAUAGGUUCUUCUUCUUAUUAUUAUUAUUAUUAUUUUAAUCCCUACUAUGUUGAAUGUGUCUCUUGUUGGAUGAAGUGUUCUCUAUUUUAACAUUUUAAUGUUUCAAGUCAUUUCAUAUAU